AUGACGACUUUGCAAGUGCCCCAAGCUGACGUGCUCUUGUGGUCAAAGAUUACCAAUGUCUCGCCCCAGUACUAUUAUGCUGCAUUAACAUCGCUUUGGGUCGCUUUUAUUCUCGAUUCUCGAUGCGGGCUCGGCACAGUGUUUUAUCUUGCCUGCAGUCUCUCACCAUUUGUCUUCAUGCUACUGAAUAUGCUUGGCAUCUUCAUACUCAGAACGAUGGCAGUAUGGGAGCGGGAUAAAAGGUUCGUGGUAUUCAAAAUCAUCAAUAUCAUGGCUUAUUUAACCCCAAUAUUCGUCUUCUUCUUUCAAAAAUUUAUCCCGUCAAUGGAUAUAGAAGAAUGCUUGAUUCCUGGAGGUAUCGAAUUUGCAAAUACGAAGGAAAGGUCUACAGUGAUUGUCGUGUAUUGCUUGUUAGUUGUUGGCGAGUUAGGUCGGUAUUUGGAACUGGACCUCAAAUAUGAACUCAAACUAACCGCAUGCCUUUCCAUGCAUACUCUUUCAGAAAUCUUGCUGCAGCUUUGGUUCGUGCCCAAAUUAUUCUCAGAUGUAUAUUUACUUGCUAAACCGCCCAGCUUUCUCUCUUGGCAUCAUCCUGGCCUCAAUCUUCCUUCCGCUUUCGGUGAUGCACAUGAUUGCAGAGUUCGUCUAAUCUUGCUUGGAGAAAGCGAUAGUUACUCAUUCGGCAGCAGGACUCAAGUCGUCGUUCUAUCUCUCAUGGUCACGCGAAUGCAUAGGGACUUUUGGAGAUCGGAUCGUGUUUCUUGUGGCAACGAUGAAGUGGAUCUCACUCUCUCAACGUUCAUGGCAGCAACCCCAGAUGUCGUACUCUCACAAGAUACGAGUAGACAUUGUCCCAACAAUGCGUAGUACAGAUAGAUGGACGCUUGAAGGCGUCAUACUAGUUUGAUUAUGUACUGACUCACUUUGGACUACUUCGGUGUUUUGAACGCACCCAAUACAUUUUGUUGAGUAUGCAGUUCGUCCGCUGGUUCUGUGCAGCGUUGAUGUUUUUUUCUUCGAUACUCACACAU